CCCGCCCGCCCGCUCGCUCACGGAAGUGUGCUCCUCGAGCAGGUAUUGGGAGGGUUCUGUCUCAGUGCAGUUAUGAUCCCAAGGCAAGUUCUUUAUGGCCUGUUCGUCGGGGGAGUAUUGCAGAUAUUCACCACGGAAUGCAAGACACACAUCUCUGUCGUCUUGGUCGGGGCAACUGGAGACCUGGCGAGGAAGUACCUCUGGCAAGGGUUAUUUCAGAUGUAUACAGAGCAGCUCGAUAUACACAGUUUCAGUUUCUAUGGUGGCACCCGGCUCCAUCCCACAGAGGGCACGCCAGUGAUGUAUGAGAUUAUCAAGGGCCUAACGUGUUUGCCCAGUGUGCCUUCUGUCAGGUGUGUGAUGCUGAAGGACCAGUUUAUAAAGUUGUCUCAGUACCAUCAGCUGGACACCAUGGAAGACUACUCCAAUCUGGACAGGAAGAUCGACGAGCUGCUCACUCAGGAGGGCCUUAAGGAAGAAGGCCGCCUCUUUUACUUCAGCGUCCCUGCGUUUGCCUACGUUGACAUAGCAACGAAGGUCAACGCCACCUGUCGACCACAGAACGGACCGUGGCUGCGAGUCGUCCUAGAAAAGCCCUUCGGCCAUAACCUGGAUUCAGCCCAGCGGUUAGCUGAGGAGCUGCAGAAGUUUCUCCGCGAGGAGGAGAUGUAUAGAAUUGACCAUUACCUUGGCAAGCAGGCGAUCGCCUAUAUCUUACCCUUCCGUCAUGACAACCGCCAGGCCUUGGAGCCCAUCUGGAACCAGCAUCACAUCGAAAGGGUGGAGAUAGUUAUGAAAGAGACAGUGGAUGCAAAAGGUCGCACGAGCUUUUACGAACAGUAUGGCGUCGUGUGUGAUGUCAUUCAGAACCACCUGACGGAAAUCCUGACCUUCGUCGCCAUGGAGACCCCAGCCAACAUCAGCGACUCUGAGGAGAUCCACAGGAACAAGAUGAGGGUGUAUGGCAGCUUGCAGAAGCUCAGCAAGAGGAGCACUGUGAUUGGCCAGUAUCAGGCUUACAAUGCUGAAGUCAUGCAGGAGUUGCAGAAGCCGGUGAACUACAGGAGCAACGUUCCAACCUUUGCCGGUAUUGGGAUUUUCCUGGACAGUCCUCAGUGGGAUGGUGUGCCUUUCAUUUUGUCUGCCGGAAAAGCUCUGGAUGAGCGAGUGGGCUACACUCGAAUUUUAUUCAAAAAUAAGGCCUUCUGCCUGCAGAGUGAAUCAACGCGGAAAGCUGAAUUCAGUCAGUGCAAGCCGAAGCAGGUCAUCUUUUAUGUGGGUCACGGAGACUUGAAUUUUCCAGCUAUUUUGGUCAGCAGGAACCUGUUCAAGCCGGUGAUGAAUUCAGCAAACUGGAAGCAGGUGACCGAGUUUUCGCACCUACAUGUCUUUGGCCUUCCUCUGUCAGACUAUUACGUCUACACCCCAGUUCCACAAAAGGAUGCGUACGCGGUGCUGAUCCCCCAGAUCCUGCAGGCGAAGCGCGACGUGUUUGUCAAUACCGAGGAUCUCCUGGCAUCCUGGAAGUUCUGGACGCCUCUGCUAAAGGACUUGUCGCGGGAGAGCCCGCGCAUUUACCCGGGCGGCUUACAGAAUGGCAACAAGCUGGACUUCACGGUGGCUGGGACGGUGGUGUCCUUCACUUCACCGGACCCUGUGGUGAUUGUCCCCUCAAGCCUCAACCACCAGACUGCGAGUGACUACAAGCUCCUCGAGUCGAGCUACCGAGGGAACAGGUUGGUGUCGGCGGGCACCGAGGAACUCGUUGCCCGGCUGGCUGCAGAUCUGCAUCGGGCGGCCGAGGCCACCGCGCGUCGGAGCGGCAAGUUCCACCUUGCGGUCUCGGGUGGCUCAAGCCCUGUCGCUUUGUUCCAGAGGCUGGCUUCCCAUCACUGCACUUUCCCCUGGAAACAGACCCACUUCUGGAUGGUGGACGAGCGCUGUGUCCCCCUUCACGACGCCAAGUCCAACUUCCGGAGCCUUCACGACCAUCUCCUGGCCCAUUUCAGGAUCCCGUACAUGAACAUCCACCCAAUGCCCGUCCACAUGAACCGCCGGCUGUGUGUUGAAGAGGACCACGGGGCAGACCUCUAUGCCAAUGAGGUCAUCACGUUGGUCAACGGCUCAAGCUUUGAUUUUGUCGUGCUGGGGGUUGGCGCAGACGGACACACUGCCUCUUUGUUUCCCAACAGCCAGGCGCUGGCCCAGAAGGACAAAUUGGUUCUGUUGGCUGAGAGUCCAGUGAAGCCCCACCAGAGAAUGACCCUUUCUCUUCCCGUGAUAAACCAAUCUAAAAAUGUGGCCGUCUUGAUAACAGGGAAGAGCAAACACUCGAUAGUUAGCAAAAUGAAAAAAGCUGAGGAGAGCUCUGAGAAAUGGCCCAUUACAAGCGUCCGGCUCUCAGAUGGUGAGCUGGUUUGGUACAUUGAUUCCGAUGCUCUCUCCGGUUGACCAGGGUUCUGGGGUCCCAAAACUGUCUGUCCAACUUGACUCUAAAGCUGUGAAAUUAGUGGAAAUUGCCUCUGAUUGGUGAAGUGGUGGUGAUCUGGGAGGGUUGAGGGUUCGUUCUUGGUUUGGUCAUGCUUGCAUACCCAUGAAGGUGCCACCACGGCACUGUUCACUUGAUCUUGGUGAACACAGUUCUGAUGCUCUCUGCGGCUGGGACGUCCACUCCACUGCACAAACCUCUCUGGUUGCCAGGCGUGGAUGAGUCUACAGCCUUUCUCAAAUAUUCGAAUGUCGCCACCUUCAAGAGAACGGAAUGUUUGUGCAGCCUUAUCACAAGAGUAGUCUGGUGCGGGUGUUAGAAACUCUUGUCAGGUCAGGUAGCAUCUGCGCAGAGAGAAACAUUGUCAAUGUUUGUUUGAUGACAUUGACCCUCCAGUGGUGCCACCUGUAUCUCCAUGUAUUUAAAAAUAAACUUUUUGCCGUAUUUUAGAUUAUUGGAUAGUUUAGCGAUGUAUUUCAUCUUCAUCCACUCUCUCCCCAUACCAUUAUCAUAGAGAACCACGGAGCAGAGAUAGGCCCUAUGGCCCAUCUAGUCCAUGCUGACCUGAUCUGCCCAGUGUAUGCUACUACACUGAACUUGAUCUUAGCUAAAGAGCCAAGAAGUUCGAUAGACCUGCACCCACUGAGACCCUUUAUCGGGACUGGAAAGGAAGGGGGAAGAAGCCAGAAUAAGAAAGAGUUCUGUCCCUUUCCUUUCCUGAUGAAGAGUCUCAGCCCAAAAUGCUGAUUAUUUAUCCUCCUCCACUGAUGCUGCCUAACCAUCUGAGUCCCUCCAGCAUUCUGUGUUUGUUGAUGAAGAUAUUUCACUAUAAUUUUGGCAGCUAUAUCUUGAUUGUGACCAUUGAAGCACAAGGUUUCAGUAGUUCUCAGGUGGCUGGCUCUUUGCGUGUUAACAUUGACCCUGAUGCAAACGCUGCUGAGCUGGAGGAGUUCAUAGACCUGAGAUCUGCAGGCUUGUGGGUGAAGAGGAUCUCAAAUUUUCCCUGUAGUGGGAUGACACUUUUGCCUACAGAAUUUUGAAAGGCCUGGAUAGAGUGGACGUGGAGAGGAUGCCUCCAGUAGUGAGGGAGUCUAGGACCAGAGGGCACAGUCUCAGAAAAGAAAGUCCUCCCUUUAGAAUAGAGAUGAGGAGAAAUUCCUUUAGCGAGAGGGUGGUGAAUCUGUGGAAUUCAUUGCCAUGUGUGGCUGUGGCCAAGUCAUUGGGUAUACUUAAAGCAGAGUCUGAAAGGUUCUUGAUAAGUAAAGGUGUCAAAGAUUAUUGGGAGAAGGUAGGAGAAUGGGGUUGAGAGGGAUAAUAAAUCAGCCAUGAUGGAAUGGCGGAGCAGACUCAGUGGGCCAAAAUGCUUCAUGGUGUCUUAUGGUAUUUAAAGGUAGAACCCAGCACGUGAAUGCACUGGGUUUCUGGAAUGUUUGUCAACAUAUCCUUUGUGCAGACGAGGAGUCAGGCAGAGAGUUGCUGAUAAAAGGUCAGUGGAAUUGUGUGGAUGCAUCAUACUUUUGGUAUGCUUCCAGCGCCAACAUCAUCCGCCGUGAUAGAAUGGCAGAGCAGACUUGAUGGGAUAAAUGGCUCGGUUCUAAUUCCAGUUCUGAGACACAGCUGUCCACGGUGGUGGGGUUACAAAUGGGGAAUCAGCGGACACAGGAGUGGGAACAGGACGAAUACAAAAGGAAGAAUUCCCAGUGAAUGGGAGUUGUGAGGCAUUGGAAUGAUCCGAAACCCAGAAUGAGAAACUUAAAACGAGGCACCACCUACUAAAGCUCAGUUAUUUAUUUGAUUCAAUGCAGAAUAGGCCCUUCCAGCCCAACAAACCGCACCACCCUGUAACCCGCCUAUUUAACACUAGCCUAAUCUCAGGACAAUUUAUAAUGACCAGUUAACCUACUAACCCAUAAGUCGUUAGACUGUGGGCAGAAGCCACAGCACCCAGAGGAAACCUAAACUGUUCAUGGGAAGAAUUUACAAACUUGUUACAAAGUUACAGACAUGGUAGAAUUAGAGAGGAAUAGAACUAGGAAAGUAAGUUUGGUUUGGUGUAUGAAAAGGGGAAAAUUGGUGAUUGAUGGUCAGCACAUACUCAAUGGGCCGAAGAACCUCUUUCUUGGCUGUGUACCUGGAUUCCCACUUCUUGACAGGAGGUUUCUGCUGGCAACCUUUCCCUUUAGCAGAGACCUUUGGGUCACCAUGUUAUUUUGUCAGGUUUUGGCAAGUCUUCAAGUUGGCUUCCGCUAAAACUGGACAACUGUCAACGUUCUCAUUUUCCUGAAUGGGUGCAGGACUGGAAAAAUUGUGCCGGCCAAUCUUUGCUGGGGUCUCAUCACCCGUGCCGACAGCAGCUCGCUGGAGCCCUCUGUCCUGGUCGGCCUUUCAAUUUGCUCCCUGAUGUAUCCAGCUUCAAAGAUUUUGCCUCUCCCAGGGGUGAGGUCUUUGGAGCUUCUGUUGGUGUUUCUGGGUUUUUAUGGGGUGCGUUGCUAGCCCCAGGCCCAACCCUCCUCCUUUCACAGCCAGGCUUGGCACUGUCCACAGCAGAGUUUCACUGAGGUCAGUGGAACUGUAGGAAUGGGAUCUAAGCUGCACAUUGUAUUAAGGAUUCUUAACCAGACGUUUGCUGAUGCCCCUGGAAAAAUAAAAAAGAUAAAGAUUAGCUUUAGUUGUCACAUGCACGUGGAAACAUUAAAGCAUAUAAUGAAAUGCGUCAUUUGUGUCAAUGACCAACACAGUCUGAGGACAAGUGUCGACAUGCUUCUGGUGCCAACCGAGGAUGUCCACAUUUAUUAACCCUAACCCAUAUUAACCCACAUAUGACCAAGUAACCCUCCAACCCUCCAAUCAUUGGGAUGUGGGAGGAAACUGGAGCACCUGGAAGAAACUCACGUAGUUACGGGGAGAAGGUACAAAAGCUCCUUACAGGCAGCGGCGGGAAUUGAACCUGGGCCACUCGCGCUGUAGGGCGUUAUGCCAGCAUACUUUUAGGAGAUCUAUGGAAGGCGGAUGUACUGAGGUGAUCAUAAAGUUCUUCAACAAUUACAAGGGUUUUGAUUUGCCCUAGAUUCUUAACACGGUGAAGUGGAGCAGGAUAGAUGAGAGGGAAGUGGGAAUGAUAAAUGAGUUUGAGUAAUUCAGGAAACACUGUUCACUCUGGGGAUUGUGCUCCAGGCCGAACUGAUGAUGUAUCUGUUUGGGAGAAUGGAUGGCCCUGCUGAAUGCGUCCUUCUGUUCUCUCCACAAGGACUUUAGAGAGUGAAACUGGCACUGGAGGAUCGGCUUUCCACACCGGAGGUUGCAAGCUCAAAUUCUGGACAAAGCUGUCCCUUAGAUUUGCUCUGCGCUGACGAGUGGUACUGACCACCUCAUGCUUAACCACAGGAGAAAGUGAGGACAAAUAAAGAAGGCUACAGAUUAUACAGGAGGCUAUUCUCCCCCCCCCCCAAAGACAUCAUUAUGUGACGUCUUGUAUGAAGUGGACAAUCAUGAUCUUCCCUCUGUCUUUUAAUCUGAUCAUUCCCUGUGGGAAAGGAAACUCACCCCCCCCCCAGACCCCUUCACCCUGUUGUUCUUUUCUCUGUCCAUGACCAUGAUUUUUUGCCAUUGUCUCCUUCUGAGCAGUGUCUUCACAAGAUGGGUGACGCUAGCUAUUCUCAAUUCACUUCAGAGAUUGCCUCCCCCUCCCCCACCCCGCCCCGGCAUCAGUGGUCGCAUAACCAGGACUUGUGAUAUUCACCAGCUGCUUAUACGACCAUGGCUUCGCGUGACCCUGAGGGGGGCUGAGCAGGUACCACACCUUGCCCAAGGUCGACCUGUAGGCUAGCAGAGUGAAGGAGCACUUCCCACCUCCUUUAGCAGAGAUGUAUCUCCACCCCACUGUCCAUUCCUGACCCCCCCCCCCCCAAGGCUACCGUUUAAUUUGAUCAUGAGUGAUCAGCCUUGCAAUUUAAACUUACAGCUUUCUCACUCUUGAGGCAAGAGUGCAGCCAAAUGAUCCAAGGCUGAUUUUAAAAAAAAUUAUUUUUAUUUAGAGAUAUAACGUGGCACCAGGCCCUUCCUGCCCAACGGGUCUCUGCUGACCCUGUAACAUAAAUGUGACCAAUUAGCCGCCUAACCUGUACAUCUCUGUACGUCAUGGGAAACUCAUGUGGUCACGAGGGGUAAAUACAAACUCCUUACAGGCAGUGACAGGAAUUGAAACCAGACUGCUGGUGCCGGAAAACAUUACGCUACUGUGCCCUGUGGUCACCUGUUCAAAUCGCUUACCUCAGCUUUCUUACUCUGAGGCAAGACGACAGCCACCUGAUCCAGGGCUGAAUUUUAAAGAAUUAUCUUUAAUGACACCACACUGGCCCAACAUUGUUUAGCAGCAGCCAUAUAGUGCAAUAUAUAGAAAUAUUAUAAAUUACAAUGGGAAUAUGUAACUAAUAAAAAUUUUGCAUGAAGAGAGGUUACUGAGCCCAUGAUUACUGUUUCGCUGUUUUUACUCUUUUUGCUCUAAUUUAUUUCUUAAUAUAUAUAUUUAUUACAAUCUAUAGUAUAUUUUAUGGAUUGCACUGUACUGCUGCUGCAAAACAACAAAUUUCAUGACGUAUGUCUGAGAUAAUAAAGCUCAUUCUGUUUUUAAGGUAGUGUUCAUGGGCCAUUCAGAAAUCGAAUGGCGGAGGGGAAGAAGCUGUUCCCAAAACAUUGAGUGUGUGUCCUCAGGCUCCUGUACCUCCUCCCUGAUGGUAGCAAUGAGAAGAGGGCAUGACCUGGGUCCUUAAUGCCUUUUUAAGGCACCACCUCAUUCACUAGGAAAGUGACGCGCACGUCACUCAGCUGGUCUGGUGGCACAGUCAACAUUUCAAUCCUGAUGAAGGGUCUCAUCUGCUUAUUCUUCUGCAGAGAUGCUGCCUCCUCUGCUGAGUUCCUCCAGCAUUUUGUGUUACACAGGAUUUUCACAGACUGCAGAAUCUCUUGUGUUUAUGAAGAUUAUGGAGUCACGGGUUCUAAUGGCUUUCUUACCCAUUCAAAGCUUCAGUCUGACUCGAGACCAAACAUAGCUCUGCCUGAAGUGAUGAAUGCUAGUUUCAGACACCAAUGUGCCUUCUUUGCAGUUUGACCCGUUCCUGAUCUUGCCUUCAACAUGAUUGUUCAUUUACUGGAGUUGUAAUUCAGCGACCUGGACCAGUAACCUCACCACCGUGAGCUUGAACCCCACCUUUAUCCAAAGGUUGAAGCAUUUUCACGAAUAUUAACUGAUGCAGUGGGAAGCUGUAAAUUUGGGUUCUGAAUGAUAUUGAUUCACCUGGUCCUUAAUCUGGUACACCUGGUACAUUUUGAUUGCAAAGUUGCUGUUUCCUGUGAUUUUUCAGAUGUCAUCAUGAAAAUGUGAACUUCAGAGCCUUUUGUGAUUAACUUGAUGUGGGGCGGCACAGUAGCGUAGAAGCUGGCACAUUGCUUUACAGCGCCAGUGACCCGGGUUCAGUUCCCGCCACUGCCUGUAAGGAGUUUGUACGUUCUUCCCGCGAACGCGUGGGUUUCCUCCGGGCGCUCCGGUUUCUCCCACAGUCCAAAGCUGCACAGGUUAGUAUGUUAAUGGGUCACAGGGGUGUAACUGGGCGCCACAAGGGCCAAAAGGCCUGUUACUGUGCUGUAUCUCGAAGUAAAAAUUAAAUUAAAUGAUAAGGACUUGUGGGGAAAUGUAAAUUGGGUUCGAUACGUAAAUUUGAUAUAAAGGAAAAAAUACAUUCAAAACCACUGGAUUGAUUUUAAAACUGGCUUGGAUUACUCAAGUUGUCUUGAGUGAACAACCUCCUAGGAUUCCAUACCCAUAACAAUGGGGUCGACUCUGAACUGCCCUGUCAAAGGGCUGCUCUGUUACAGUACAAUAACAGGCCCUUCCGACCCGAUUACACCCAUGUCACCAAUUUAAAGCGAACGUCAUUGGACUGUGAGAGGAAACCAGUGCACCUUGUCACGGAGGGAACAUAAAACUCCUUCGUGGCAGGAAUUGUAGCCAGGGUUUCUGGCGCAGUAAAACAUCAUGGUAACCACUCUGCUACCGUGCUGAUAGAGUUAGAUGAUGCCCAUACAUUGAGGGGAGGUGACAAUACAGCCUCAGACAGCCCUGGCGGCUGCUGUGGAGGUGGAGAGCACACAGGUUGAAGGAGGGGCGUCUUGAUGAGGUGAAGGGGGACAGUGUCAAAAGUGCCAAAGCGGAGAACAAAAUGCCAGCCCAUCAAGAUAAUACUCUUAACUGUUUUUGACAACACUGUACACUUUUAGAGAUAUGAAAUGACUCUCUACACACUCUCCAUUUGUAUUGAGAGGAUGAAUUUUGCUUUUUAUUGUCUGUCCUACUAUGUUCUUUAAAUGGUGACUAAAAAUCAAAAUGGGCAUUUUUUUCAGCGAAUGUUUCUUGUCAUUAAAUUGCACUAAUCUGCAAAAAUCUAUUUUUUCAACUGGGUUUUUUUUAAGAAGUCUUUUCAAAUUGUUUUUGUAUAGUGAGAACUGGUAUAAUUGAAUGCAUCUUAAUCAGGGUGAAUUAAAGAUUUAAUAAAGCUGUUAUUUUA